UUCACUUCGUACCAGAAGUGGACGGUGCACAUCAGCGAUCAGUGAUGAGAACAGUUCGGCCCAUGGGUCUGUUUUCUCAGACGCUAACUCACACCUACAGUCUGCGUUUUAGAUACAGCCCUGGUGGUGACAGCACCAGGAUUGGGGCACUGUGUCAUUAGCUUUUCCGUGCAUCGUGGGUAUGGUGUCCCUUGCUAGGCAUCCUGGACCCCUGGAUCUGAGGGAGGUGGCCGCAUGGGAAACAGCCCCGGUGCUCCUGGCGCUGCCUGCUGCUCUGGGCCUGCAGCCUGGCAGGGUGUGGCCAGACGCUUCCUGGGCGGCCUCCUCCGUCCAGCCCCCCAGGGGCAGAGAGGCUGCCCCUGCCCCACUGAAGCUCCACCUUCCCCUCCGAUUUCCGUGAGCAGGUUGAGCCUCCAACGCCCUAUUUCCUUUUUCCCUGGAUCCUUUGCUUGCCGGAGUCGUGUGUGACAUUCACGGAGUACUCAGCGUCCUUCCUCAGCCCCAAACUGCCUCCCCAGCCAGCCUUUCUUCAGCGCCAGGAAUGUUUCCGUGUCUCGCUUUGUGGAUGAAGCUGGCUGCUCUGGGUAGUCAGUGGUUUCCACGAGUGUCUCGUACGGCACGUUUUCCUCUUCUCACAGCUCUUUGAGUCUGUUAAGCUGUUUGACCCAUACUGUCUCAAAGCAGCGUGAAGACAGAUUUCUAAGAGCUGUAUAAACCCACGCGUGAAGUCGGGACGUUUUAUGAAAAUCCUCCCUGAUUACGAGCACAUGGAGUACAGAGAUGUGUACACCUGCCUGCUUCACCGGUACAGACACAUUCUGGGACUGUGGCAGCCGGACAUCGGGCCCUACGGGGGACUCCUGAACGUGGUGGUGGACGGCCUGUUCAUCAUCGGCUGGAUGUACCUGCCCCCCCACGACCCGCAUGUGGAUGACCCGAUGCGAUUCAAGCCUCUCUUCAGAAUCCACCUGAUGGAGAGGAAGUCCGCCACGGUGGAGUGCAUGUACGGCCACAAGGGGCCCCACAAUGGCCACAUCCAGAUUGUGAAGAAGGACGAGUUCUCCACCAAGUGCAACCAGACGGACCACCACAGGAUGUCUGGCGGGAGGCAGGAGGAGUUCCGGACGUGGCUGAGGGAGGAGUGGGGGCGCACGCUGGAGGACAUCUUCCACGAGCACAUGCAGGAGCUGAUCCUGAUGAAGUUCAUCUACACCAGCCAGUACGAUAACUGCCUGACCUACCGCCGCAUCUACCUGCCGCCCAGCCACCCGGACGACCUCAUCAAGCCCGGCCUGUUCAAGGGCACCUACGGCAGCCACGGCCUGGAGAUCGUGAUGCUCAGCUUCCACGGCCGGCGCGCCAGGGGCACCAAGAUCACGGGCGACCCCAACAUCCCCGCCGGGCAGCAGACGGUGGAGAUCGACCUGAGGCACCGCAUCCAGCUGCCCGACGUGGAGAACCUCCGCAACUUCAACGAGCUCUCGCGCAUCGUCCUGGAGGUCCGAGAGCGGGUGCGCCAGGAGCAGCAGGAAGGUGGGCGAGAGGCGGGCGAGGACCACGGCCAGCAGGACUCACGGGAGCCGCCGCCGCCCGGUGGGGAGCUGGACGGGGCACCUGCCGAGGACGGUGGGAAGCCUGGGGAUGCGGCGGCCGAGGCUGAGCAGCCCGGCCAGGCCGGGCAGGGGCAGCCAUUUGUGCUGCCGGUCGGCGUGAGCUCCAGGAACGAGGAUUAUCCCCGCACCUGCAGGAUGUGUUUCUAUGGCACCGGCCUCAUCGCUGGCCACGGCUUCACCAGUCCCGAACGCACCCCCGGGGUCUUCAUCCUCUUCGACGAGAACCGUUUUGGGUUCGUGUGGCUGGAGCUGAAAUCCUUCAGCCUGUACAGCCGGGUCCAGGCCACCUUCCGGAACGCAGAUGCACCGUCCCCACAGGCCUUCGACGAGAUGCUCAAGAACAUUCAGGCCCUCACCUCCUGACCGGCCGCGGCUCUGCGCACGUCCCGGCCGCUCCGGGGCUCUGGACUCACCCUGUGAAUAGCAGCAGCAUGCACUGGGAACGCGGCCUUCCCGCCAGAACGCACGGCUCCGUCGGGCCCGAACACCUGACGUACGGCGUGUGGCACACGCUGCGUCUCUGUCAGUACCGCGAUGGAGAAGCUGAGCAUGUCUUGCCAAAAAAAAAAAAAAACCACAAAAAAAGAAAGAAUGAACUAGAAUAACCUAGAUCUGGAGGGACGGCUGCGGGGCACGUGAGAGUAGAAGUGUCGGAGUCCUGCAUGUCUUCGGCUCGCUGGUGGUUUUCCAGGGAAGACAGAUCCUCCUUCAGAGAGUCUUUCUCUCGAGAGCAGGUAAAGCAGGUUGUGUGGGGGACGUACCUGCCCCACCCCGUCCCCUCUGGAUGGAGCCAGCAGAAGCGGCCCUGCGCGGGGGUCAGGAAGAGGCAUAUGGUUCGGGCUGGGCAGGUGGCUGGGGACGGUGCAGAGAAGGAGCUCCUGGAAGCUGGUGGAGGGUCAGGCUGGGGUGGGGACCGGGGAUUGAAUUCCUGCUUCUCUGCUGACUCACAUGGAUUUUGGACAAAAGCAUUUCAUCCCCACCUCAGUUUCCCUGUCAGUGAAAUGGGGUAGCGACACGGGUCACUGGGGACUGUCACUGCGUGCCUGUCCCAGACACUCGCUCUAGCGUGGAACCAAGGCCACGUCCUGGCCACGUGACUGCCGCAGUGGCCUGCUCCAGACGCAGCAUUCGUUUUGUGCACGCCACCCUCCCUGCGCACGCUGCGGUGUCGGAACCACGUCUGCGGGGGUCACGCGUCCGAAGUGGGCCCUGCGUUUAUUGCGUUUGCGUGGUUCACACAGGUGUAGUUCUCGGAAGUGUUAAUGUGCUAGAAGUGGCCGCACCAGAUGUGGAAGCCCCUUGGCAGGCGAGAGGACAGCUUUCUAGAAAAGCCGCACCUACGUAGGGGUGCACUUUGGAAGCCAGGGCCUGUCGGGGACCCUCUAGCUCCGACACCCCGAGUGCUGCUGCUUCCGCUGGCGUGGUGCCCUGUGUUAACACCUGCAUUUGGAGACCCGUUGGAGAUUUUAGCGAUGUUAGUGUCACCUGAAGAACAGUGACCGCGGGGCCUGGAGCCGGCCCCUCCUCCAGCCUGCAGCCGGCGCCGUCCUGUCGCGGACUUGGGGUGUGUCUCCCUCUGCCGCUUAUCCUGGGCUGGGCACCCCGGACUCGAGGGAACCCCCUGGAUGUGACCGUCUUGUGGUGCCUUUGUACAGAGACCAGCCUGAGGAUGUCCCAGGAAAUGUUUCCCGAUUAAUCUCUCCCUGACUGGCCUUUAAAAAAAUAAAAAUUCCCGCUGCCUGAGCUUCAGUCCAUUUGCAGCUUCCUUUGCUUCCCAGAGAGACUGGCAAGCGGUGUGGCCCGAGCUCUCGGUGGCGCGCUGCCCGCCUGAGCCGCUGGAUGAGGCCAUGGAGAAGACGCCCGGGGCAGCAGCGGGCCUGGAAGCUGGAGACCCGGCGCUCGCCCCGGAUCCUUCGCCGCACCUGCAGGGAGUCGAGGGCGGGUCCCGUUUCUGGUCUUUCACGGGAUCAGCCUAAAUGCCCUCAGGUUGUGACUGUUCUGUGUGUCAGAUGAGGCAGUCCCUGAACGCUGGUGACUGUGGCCACCGAGCCACAGGACCGUGCACGUGUGGGCUGGUGCUCUACGUGCACCACUGUUUAAAUCAAGGAGACGCAUUUUUUACCCAGAGCCCGAGGCUCACUCUAAGGGGCCCGUCCCAUUGAAGGUGUCCCCUGGGGCCGUAAAGAGCACAUGGAUGGGGAUGAGGACUUCUGAUUAAAAAGUCUCAAAUCUGAAUGUG